AUGAGUGAACAUACGCCAUUAUUCGCCAAGAGCGUUAUGUAUAAGGAAGGGUAUAGAUUAAUAUUCGUUUUUACAGCCCGGCCCUCUCUUUCCGAUCGCGACGACCAUCACGAUGAAGGUGAGCCCAAUGGCGCGAGGAGAUCGUAUAUCCAACGUGCGCGCGCGCAGACGAGGCGUUUCUUCUCGUCACGUGCAAAGCACUGGGUUAUCCUGUCGCUCAUCCUACUCGAUGUCGCGGGCAUCUUGGCGGAGAUAUUCAUCGCGCUUAUUACAUGCGAGCUGCACCGGCGAGACGAAGCUUGGGUCGCGCCUACAAUGCAGGGAUUGACUGUGUUUGCGCUCACUAUGAGUUGUGUGUUCAUGGUUGAGUUGGGCCUGUCUGUUUUUGCUGAUGGGUUGAAGUUCUUCUCCAGCUGGUUCCACUGUCUAGACGCCUUCGUCAUCGUGGGGAGCUUCGCUGUCGACCUCCUCGAGCAUGGCAUCGCCGAGGAGAUCGCAUCGCUCGUCGUCGUGCUACGGCUGUGGCGCUUCGUCAAGAUCGUGCAGGAGUUCUCGAUCGAGCAGCAGGAGCUCACCGAGGCGCUGCGUCAACGCAUCGAGGACCUCGAGGCGCAGGUCGGGGACCUUGAGGCCCGGCUGCCGUUGCGUGAGGAACGCUGA